AUGUUUCGAAACCAAUAUGAUACGGAUGUGACUGUAUGGAGUCCACAAGGUCAUUUACAUCAAAUUGAUUAUGCGAUGGAAGCAGUUAAACAAGGAAGUGCAUGUCUAGGAUUAACAUCCAAUAAGUUUGUUGUAUUAUGUGGUAUCAAACGUCAAAGUCUUGAACUAGCGGAACAUCAGAAAAAAGUCUUUAAAAUUGAUGAUCACAUGGGUAUUGCAAUCUCUGGACUUACAGCGGAUGCACGAACACUGGCGCGUUUUAUGCGUACAGAAAGUCUCAAUCAUAAGUUUGUCUAUGGUAGUGAUAUUACCGUGGGACGGUUGGUUUCGGACGUAGCAGACAAGAAACAAGAGUGUACACAGUCCUACAUUCGUCGUCCGUACGGUGUGGGACUGCUUGUAGCUGGUGUUGACAAAAAAGGGGUGCAUCUGUACCAAACGUGUCCGUCAGGCAAUUACUACGAGUACAAAGGGAUUGCAAUUGGUGCACGGUCGCAGUCAGCACGCACGUAUUUGGAAAAGCACUUUGAGAGCUUUCCUAAUUUGAGCAAGGAGGAGCUUAUUCAUCACGCACUUCAGGGUGUGCGUGGCUGUCUUCAUGGAGACCAGGAACUGACGGCUAAUAACGUUUCUAUUGCGGUCGUGGGAGUAGACCAGCCUUUCAAGAUUAUUGAGGGCACCGAGCUCCAGCCUUACAUUGAUGCCGUGGAGGUGUCGGAUGUGAAGGAGGAUGAAGACGGUGACACCAAGAUGGAAGAAUAA